AUGAUGUUGCUGCUUCCCACGAGGCCAAGACCCGAGGUGCCCGACGGUGAUCUGUACGAGUACAAGAGCAAGAAAGACAAACGCGAGAACCCCGACGGCGACCUAUACGAGUACAAGGCCAAACGCGAGGAGCCCGACGGUGAUCUGUACGAGUACAAGAAAGACAAACGCGAGAACCCCGACGGCGACCUAUACGAGUACAAGGCCAAACGCGAGGAGCCCGACGGUGACCUGUACGAGUACAAGAAGGCCAAACGCGACGACCCCGACGGUGACCUGUACGAGUACAAGAAGGCCAAACGCGAGGACCCCGACAGCGACCUGUACGAGUACAAAGCCAAACGCGAGAACCCCGACGGCGACCUCUACGAAUACAAGCGUACUUCCAAAAUCGACAAACGUGGCGACCUCUACAACCACUAA